AUUGGAGGUCAUCAUACUGAUUCAGACUUUGCAGUGAGAGGCAAGGAGCCAAAAGAUGAGGUCCAAAUUUAUACGUGGAAGGAUGCUACUCUCCGUGAGUUAACUGAUCUGGUUAAAGAGGUAGCUCCAGAAGCAAGAAGAAGAGAUGCAGUACUGUCCUUUGCAUUUGUAUAUCCUGAUAAACAUGGACGUUUUGUGGUUAAAGAGGUGGGGAGAACCUAUUCUUAUCCAAAUGGGAGACGACCUGACAGUGGUGGCAAGGCAUUGGGUGAACUUAGCUUCCAGAUCGGAGAUUACUUGGAUGUGGCAAUUCUGUAGAGAAGCUGUCUUCAGUGUUCAGUACUCAGUAUUUGGUAUUCUGUUUUCGAUACUCAAAAUGAGUUUAGAUUUGGGGAGUUCCUGUAGCUCAUGAUAUUGGAUUUUGAUUGAAUUGUGGGUUAUGUAAUGAUAUCAUAGUAGGAAAAAUACCUCAAACUUUCUGGGGCUUGUUUUAUUUUCUCUUCCUAGAAAUCUCCAAAACCAACAAGUAAUCUAUGUUUCUAUCUAAAAAGAAGGAUUCACUGUGCA